AUGGCAGCACCAGGGAAAGUGGAGCUGGGGGAGCCCCAGGGCACUGAGUUGGUGGAGCGGGGGCCCUGGGGUGCUGAGCUGGCAGAGGGGGAGGCCCAGGGUGCUGAGCUGGCAGAGUGGGCGUCCUGGGGCACUACGGAGGAGGAUGAAGACAAGGCCUCCAUGGACUGUGUGAUCUGCUUCUCGCCCUAUGACCGGUUGUUCAAGGUGCCCAAGGUGCUGGGCUGCGGGCACACCUUCUGCCUCGAGUGCCUGGCGCGCAUCAACGUCUCCUCGGAGCAGGUCAACGCCGUCAGCUGCCCCGUGUGCCGGGAGUUGACCUCCUUGCCCCCCCGCAAGGGCCUGCCUGGCCUGCCCACCUGCCUGGACCUGCUGGACCAGCUGCCCCUGGCGCCUGCUGCCCCCAGCAGCUCUGUGCGCUUCAGCCGGCGCCGGGGGCUGCUGUACGUGCCGGGCUGGGGGACCCGCAAGGGCCGAGGGCUGGCGCUACCCAAGCCGGGCCCUGCCCUCAGCACCGUCAGCCUGAGCGUGGACGUGGGGCGGCCGGCACCGCGGGGUGUGGGCGGGGGCCUGCAGGGGCUGGGCUGCUCCAGCUGGCCCUUUGCUGUGGCUGUGGCCGUGGCCGUAACCGUCACCGUGGGGCUGGUGAUCUCCGGCGUCUACAUCUUCUUCAUGCUGCCAGCGACCUACGGGCCGGGGCCAGGCGUGGGGCUGGGCAACGCCACCUGGCAGGUGCCCUGGCCCAAUGGCACCGCUGCGCCGGCGCCGCCCAGAGACAGAUGGCUACCGGCACAGCCCUCCAGGGAUGGGGCUGUGGGGCUGGCUGGAGAGACAGCACCUCCACUGCCUGAUAUCAGGAGGAAGAGACGGAGAGGCCUGGGCCCCCCAACACUGAACCCAGCCAAGAACUGA